AUCAACUUGAUUAACCGCAUGAAACGAAAUUUCAUGGUUCUUGAUAUAAAUUUUCUCUAACUUAUUUUGUCGGGACUUAUAUAUGAAUGAAGCAUAUUAUAGGUUCUUCUCAAUAGUCUCUCAAUGGAUGAAACUCCUAACACGUACCUCUCAUGCCCUUCUUUUUUGCCUCUAUAAAUUGCAACCAUUGAGCAUGUGAACGUUCAUGCAAAGAAGAAGGAGAUGAAAGAAAUUGGGAAUGUAAAAGGAGUGAUGAAUAAAAAGCUGUUGGUGAGUGUGAGUGUUCUUGGAAGUGUUGGUCCUAUAAGGUUUUUGGUUAAUAAAGACGACAAAGUUUCAAGCGUUAUUAACACAGCUUUGAAAGCCUAUGCUCGUCAAGGCAGGAUCCCGGUUCUAGGGCUCGAUGCCGAUAGCUUCGCUUUCUACUCCAUUAAUGCCGGAUUCAACACUUUGAAUCCACAAGAGAAGAUAGGUUCAAUGGAUGUAACAAAUUUCUUGAUGUGCAAGAAAGAACCAAAGAGCCAAAAAAUCGAAGGAAGAAGAGAGAAUAAACCUCGGGCAGGCCAUGGAUGGAAAACUCGUCUUCUUCGGUCCUUCUUAGGAUAAUUUAUAUCCAAACACAAAUCUAACUCUAUAUAGAUUAUAAGGACUAUAUUACAAUGUCAAUAAUAAAAUAACGACGCUCAUUGUAUCCUCGAAGGUAUAAGGAAAUAUACACCCCCAAAAAGUAUGUAUGAUCUAAGAAACUUAAUUUUUACAUGGUAUCUUAAAAUUUGAAUCAUUCUUUGUUUCCUUCGAGGAUUCAGUAUAGUAUAAGAGAGCUUUGGAAAAACUUGUAUCUUAUUCGCUUUGAGCACAUGUCUUAUAUACACGAUUAAAGAUAACCCUAAGUUUAACUGAACACACUUUAAUCGUUAUCCUAUGAGGAAUAUACAUGAAGAGGAUAUAUAGAUCGUUACACUAUCCUUCAAGUUGGAGUUUGUGCAUCUACUAGUUGUUUGUUCAAUAUUUACUGCUCUAUUUGUUUUGGGAUACCUACUGAAAGUAAAAAAAUUGGGAAAUGAAUCAAGGAACAAGCUCGGAAAGAAAGAAAAGAGCUGGAUAAAAUGUUGGAAGAAAAUAGUAGGAGAGGGUUGAAGAAUCACAGAGGAGAGAAGCAAUGGAGCUUCAACGUAAAGAAGAGGAAAGGCAUAGAGAAUUGGAGCUGAUACAGAGACAGAAAGAGGAGGCUGCAAGGAUAAAAAAACUGGAAGAAGAAGAAGAAGAAGAGAUUAGAAAUUCCAGCAAGAUGAAGGCCAAAGCUGAAGAAGCUGCAUUUCGGCAUGGGUUUAUAUUUUAAAAAGAAACAUUGAUGAAGGCCAAAGCUGAAGAAGCUUUUGCUUUGUAUGAGAAAAUAGGAAGACACAGUUUACUCAUCC